CUUGUUAGCAAAUUCAUCUUCCAAACCAGUUUUGCUCAUACGGUAGCAUCCAGGGGCCUUAUUGUCCGUUUGUGUGGGUUUUUUGAAAUAUAUUAUUCCCCUCCUGCCACAAGCAUGGAGUCCGGCGACUCAGGGCGAGGAGGGUGGAAAUCCAAAUCAGUCCAACCACAGAAAAACAAAAUGAACAUGAAUAUUCUCCGUCAAGAAAAACUUAUAGCUCAGAAGAAGAAAGAAAUAGAAGCCAGGAUGGCUGAGCAAGCCAAAAUGAAUCUGCAAGCCACAAGCAAGCCUAUAAGUUCCCCCAGUUUCCAGGGAGCGUCCUCAAAUAAGUUUGCAAAUGACGGAAGCUUCUUACAACAGUUUAUGAAGCUGCAGAAGGAGAAAACCAAUAAUACAUCUGGUUCCACCAGUGAUACCAAGACCCCUGCGGCCUCAACUUCAUCACCAGGAGGAAACACGCUACAGAAAAAGAGUAUUUUUGUGGGCCAGCGGCCUGGCCUUGGAGUCAGUAGCAUGCUUAGUCAGUUCAAGAACUAUUCACAGCCCAAGAAGACCCCUGUUCUCAGCCAGAGGCCGAGUGUGUUUUGCUCCCCAGAUGAUGAAGAUGAGGAGGAAGAGGCUGAUUACUCCAAAUUCUUGGAGAUGAAAGUCUCUCCCCCAGAGGACUCAGACACCAGACUCAUUAUCGACAAGAUGGCCUCUUUUGUGGCGGAGGGAGGACCGGAGCUGGAGAGGAAGGCCCAGGAGGACUACAAGGACAAUCCUGUUUUCUCAUUUUUAUAUGACAGGAGCAACUUGGACUAUCUUUACUACAAAAAAAGAGUUGCUGUAUUGAGAAAGAAUAUGAAAAGACCUGAGGCUACAUCAGAUAAUGUCUCCCCCCCAGUGGACGCGGAAACCCAGCAGGUGGCUGAGAAGCUGGCCAAGUUUGUGGCGGAAGGUGGGCCAGAGGUGGAAGCCAUCGCUGCUGAGCGCAACAAAGACAACCCUGCCUUCAGUUUUUUAUUUGACCACCAAAGUCCAGCCUACCAUUUCUAUAAAGACAAAGUAAAAGAGUAUUGUGCCACAAGCUCUGAGAGCUCUUCACCUCCAGCAACAGACUCCAAGAUAGAUAUUCAGCGACCAGCUGCUUCUCCAUUACCUCCACCGCAGACCCGGACGUCCGUUCCCCACGUUCAAGAGUCCGAAACGCCACCUGUGAAACGGAAAAGAAAGAGCAGAUGGGGGUCUGAAGAUGACAAAGUCGAGUUGCCCGUUCCUCCCGUCAUUGUUCCUCAUGAGAUUAAUCUUCCAGAUCCUAAUACACCCUCUCUAUCUGCCCAGGAGCUGAGAGGUCUUGGUUAUAAGAAAGGGAAGCCUCUUGGUCUGGUUGGAGUCACUGAACUAUCUGAGGAACAGAAGAAACAACUUAAAGAACAACAAGAGAUGCAAGAGAUGUAUGACAUGAUCAUGAAGCACAAGCGUGCGAUGGCAGAGAUGCAGCAGAUGUGGGACAAAGCAUUGAGAGAUAACCAGCAUGAAUACGACAGUGAUGAAGAGGUGGACCAAGAAGCAGGCACCUGGGAGCAUCAGCUACGACAGAUGGAAAUGGAGAAGACACGUGAAUGGGCAGAAUCUCUGACAGAAAUGGGAAAAGGGAAACACUUCAUUGGUGACUUCCUGCCCCCUGAGGAGCUAGAGAAAUUCAUGGAGACCUUUAAGGCUCUUAAGGAGGGUCGAGACCCAGACUACUCAGAUUACAAAGAGUUUAAGUUGACGGUGGAGAAUCUUGGUUUCCGAAUGCUCAUGAAGAUGGGCUGGAAGGAAGGUGACGGCCUUGGCAGCGAAGGACAGGGUAUCAAGGCUCCUGUCAACAAGGGAACUACAGCUGUGAACGGAGCAGGGUUCGGUGUUGAGCGACCAGCUGAGCUCACGAAAAGUGAUGACGAAUAUGACGCUUUCAGGAAGAGAAUGAUGCUUGCCUAUCGCUUCAGGCCUAACCCACUGAAUAAUCCACGGCGACCGUAUUACUAAAACUGAAGAUGGUUUAAACUUGCAGUCGUUUAUCAUAACUCAAAUGGUAGUUUCUGCUGCUGACACACCUCUGCUCGAUUGUGAAAUGGACACUGAAAUUUCAAAUGAGUCCGCGAGACAGUAAUGUUUGAAAAUAGAUUAAAGAUUGGUAGAUCCUACCUUUCAUUUGAUGUUACAUUCAGAAGAAAUGCUUUAUAUUUGAUCACACAUUACUUUUUAAUUUAAUAUUAUAACAACGGGGUCACAUGAUCGUCCUUCUGUAAUGGUCUCACUCUUCAGUUUGUGUCAUCAUUUUGUUCCCUUCAAACUAUCAUAUUUCACAGUCCUCUGUAUAACACUUGCAUUCAGUAAUUUUAAUCAUUGUGCUGUGAUUCAUUUUUAUUUACCUUCAUUGUAUGCUACAAUGUUCACAAUAAAACGACCACUUACUGAAA